AUGGCAUCUCAAUUUUUAAUAUUAUUAGCAAUUGUUUGUUUGGUACGACUUGGUUGUACUGAACGUAUGUUGAUUUUGGACAAGUUCGAAAUGCCUGAUAAUUAUUAUAAGAAUGAUUUCUUGGGUGUAUCAAUUGAAAAGCCUGAUGGAUGGUAUAGAGUACCUGAUGAAAAAUUACGUUCAACAUUCCUAAUAGCUUCUAAUCCAUCGUUUUAUGAGAAUGAAUCAAUAAGUGAUGUUCUCAAUAGAACAAAUAAUACUCUAAUACCAUUAUUUGGUUUCAGUGAAUAUCAAUUAAGUGUUCAAAACGGAAAAUUUAAUCCAUAUAUUAUUGGAUUUGUUACAAGAUUAAGAAAUGAAACAGCGAAAGAAAGUGAAUGCGAAAGUUUUAUUCGUUUAGACGACUUUCUUGAUAGUACAAUACUAAUUAAAGACGCGAGUACUUGUUUUGAAGUUAAUUUCAAUGGAAAAAUAUAUUAUAGUGAAGAAUUAUAUUUAAAAAAUGGCAACAAGUAUUAUAGACAAACUCAAUAUGUUAGACGUAAAAAAAAUAAUUAUGUCUUUACAUUUUCAUUAUUUUACGACGAUAAAAUUAACAAAAUUCAACUUCAUAAUAUUAUGAAUACAUUGAAAUUUUCGGACGAAUAA